GGUCUCGGGCGGUAAUUGAAUGGGUCGUCCGGUACCUUCGGCAGCACACAGCUGACCUAAUUUUGGGAGCUCUGGCGGAUUCCGGCGGCCAACGGCGGCAACAACGACCAGCAUGGCAGCCAUCCACUUUCCUUGAGGAGGUCCGUGAGUGUUUGGUUCCCGCCCCGGUGGUGGCGGAGCCAAUAGCGGUCGGUACGGUAGUGGAGCGUGAGGUGGCGUCGCAAAAGAUGCUGGAUCAGGCGCAACCGGAGCCGGAGGGUCUAGCUUUCACAGCGAAGGCACAAAUCUUGUCGGCCAGUGAAGCAGCAGCGGAGAGGAAAGGCGGUUCUCCACCCAGUUCAGAGCUGUCAACUGGGAAGAUGAACCCCCGAGCGCCUGGAUGGAACAAGAGGUUGAGGACCGGUGCUACAGCUACAAGUCGCCCACCUUGCCCAAACCACACCAGUGCAUCUGAGAAGGUCGUUCGUAGCUAUGCCGAAAACCCAACUGAGAAUGUCAUAACCCAAACUAUCGGCACAACGUUCAACUCGGUUGGGGAGGCAUACGACUUUUACAAUCUGUAUUCAUGGGAAAAGGGCUUUGGUAUUCGAUACGGCAAGAGCCAACUGAAUGUUGAGAGGACGAAGUGCAUGCAGGAAAUAGUCUGUGGUUGCUCGGGGAAAGCUGGUGUGGAGAACACAAGGUCAUGUUGUUGCGAAUGCCCUGCUCUGAUAAGGCUGCUACGAGCAGAGGAUAAUGGACCAAUGCGUCAGAGGCAAGUGGCGAAUGCAACGACCGCUGUGUCAAGGCAUAAUGCCAUUGAUGCAAGUCCCCCGGGCUUCGGGCAUAGCAUGGCCACAUCUGUUGUGUGCAACACGCAGAAGGAGAUGAAAAUGAAAUGGGGAAUAUAUUGCAAGAGAUCACAGAAAUGCAAGCUACUGUUGUAGAUGGGGGGAGAAGACAUGUAACUUCAUCGUGCAAAAAUAUAACGAUUGGCAUGGUGUGUUGGAGCCAGGAAUGUCACUGUGAAACAUGAGAGCGAUGAGGAUAGCAGUAGACAGCCUCGUGUGCUAGACAUUGACGGGGAGUGUGUGAGGCAGCUCCAGAAAGAGCUGGAUGAGGAAUAUGUGAUUGAGGAAGCAAGCCAUCAAGCAAACUGACUAAAAUCAAUGAUUACCCCGGGAGUGGUUGUGUGCAUGGUGAACACUGAUAGCAGCAAAGAUGUUGAUUCGAAGAAUGGUCUGAUCAUGAGCAUGACUGGCUGGUGGAGAUUGAUAGGAGAUUAAACGAGCAAGAAGAUAAAGACGCUGAACUGGCGACGAAAUGUCAGGAAGAGACGGAAAGGGAAUCAAAGGAGUAGCAGGCGAAACAUGAAGAGCUUGCAAGUAAGUGUCAACACGAGAUUGAAUAGAAAGCAAUGGAGCAAUUGGCAAAUAAUGACCAUCUUGCACAUAUGUAUCAGAAGAUGUAUGACCAGAAGGCCACUGACGAGCAAAUCAGGGUGGCGACCACGCAUCAUGGUCAGGGAACAACCACGCAUCAUGGUUAGGGAACAGGGGCAGGUGGUCAUAGAGCAUCAGAUACAUUUGUGGAAAAAUUAAAUUCGUAUUGACAGAAUGGUUUCACAUUCACAAGUGCAUGUGAUGAAUUUCCUUGCUUUGUAGACAUGGGAGUUCACACGAGGUUGGAUGAUUUUUUCCACUGUCGGACUGGUCUGGGCAGAUGAUACGUCUCCAAUGUAUCUAUAAUUUUUUAUUGUUC